CGAUAGUGAUUGAUUGGUUAUUGAUAAUUUGGGUUUUACCCAAAUCUUCAACACCCUUCUUUCUACCAUGCCUUACAACUCUCUUAUGGAUAAAAUGAUGGAGGAACUUCAUUUGCAAGGAACAACAAUACAAGAUAUAACAGAAUGCUUGAUCAAGGUUCCAUUGUCUCCAAACAUCAUAUCUGCAAUAAAAUCGGCUUAUGAUUCAGGGUGUGAUUUGAGGAUUGUAAGCGACGCAAACACUUUUUUCAUAGAGACUAUUUUGAAGCAUCAUGGAGUGUUACAUUGUUUCUCUGAAAUCAACACGAAUUCAGCUAUUGUUGAUGAGGAUGGCAGACUCCGUAUUUCGCCAUUUCAUGACUUUAACUCAUCUUCUCAUGGGUGCAACCUUUGUCCUCCCAAUCUUUGCAAGGGGACAAUUUUUACAAGAAUCCAAGCUUCUUCGUUAGAAAAGCGGUUCAUCUAUGUAGGAGAUGGAAAAAAUGAUUAUUGCCCAAGUUUAAAGCUAACAGCAAAAGAUUAUGUGAUGCCAAGAAAGCAUUUUCCUCUGUGGAAUGCAAUUUGUAUCGAUCCUGCACUUAUAAAGGCGUCGAUUCAUGAAUGGGAGGACGGCGAAGAACUUGGAAGGAACUUGAUUAACUUAAUUAGUUCUUUGAUGAUCAUGAAAGCAGAUGAAGUUCUUAUAGCUGAGGAAUAUCUUUUUUGCUGA